AUGUAUGUGAAAUGGUUUGAUACAGGAAUGUUAUACUAUGUGAUUUUAGUGUAUUUAGUGAAUGUCACUUUUUAAAAUUUUCAAAUCUCCUGCCGGUUGCGGUCCUUUUACGUCCCAACAUCGCAGGGAACGGAACCCAGAAGCUGGCAUCGGCCGGAGGAGAUGGCCGGGGACGCUGCAGGGGACACAUCGCAGGAGCGCAGGACAAGGUAAGUGCUACAGGGACUCCCUGAGUGUAGUUCGGGGUAUUCCCGAGUGUAGCUCGGGGUUAACUUUCAGUACCAGAAGCAGUAACCCCGAGCUACACUCAGGAAUACCCUGC